AACAUAGCGAGGACACUAUACUUUUUUAAUCAUACCCAUAUUUCUUUUAUUAGUAGCCCAAGGAACCAAUUCUCCCUGGGACAUUCCACAUUUUCACCAGGCCUGCUUAAAGAUAUUUUUGUUCCGUCUUUUUUCAGCACCAUUCCUGUCAGCUCACCGCCGCCUGCUCUUCUGUGCUGCAUCCAGAUUUCAGAGGGCAGUUAUUCCAUGGAUGGAGCACGCCGUCAUGGUGGACAUUCGGAGCUUGGUGGUCCAAGCAGCAGCGGAGGAGCUGACCUCAUCAGCGCCCUCCCGGACGACAUGAUCAUCCAGGUCCUCGUCCGUCUGCCCUGCGCCGGCGUCGCUGCGCGUACCAGCCUCAUCUCCCGCCGGUGGCGUGGCCUCUGGACCCGCCUCCCUGACCUCAUCUUCCGCGAUGUCGUGCCAGGUUUGCUCCUAGCGGCGCUCUCCUCACUUGGACCCGGCGCCGCGUCCCUCUCCCUCCUAGACAUCCACGUCCCUGCGGUACUGGACGUUGUCAACCGUGUCUCUCCAAGUUCAAGGGCAGGUCUCCGAUCUUCGUUAAGAAGAAGGUGGCCUGCCAACUACGUCUCCUCACUGCUCCGCGCCGCUGCGAGGCUCUCGCCAGCUGCGCUCCGCUUCAGUCACCCGCUGAACCUAGAGAAGCCUUACGUUGACGUGGACCUGUCCGCCUGCUUCCAUGUCACCACCUCAAUCGAGUUGCACGCGGCGUUCCUCUGCUUCCCUGGCCCGCAGUUUGAGCUCCCUGCGCUCCAGAGCCUAUCUCUCUCUGGCUGCCGCAUCAGCCUUGUUGCCUUGGUCCCCCUCUGCCCGCGCCUGAGCAUGCUCAAGGUGGUCGACGCUUUCCUCCCAGCUGAUGACAUCAUCAUCCGCUCGGCUUCGCUGCAGGAGCUCAUCAUGGAAAACAAUGUCAUGGGCGCAUGGACAGGACGUGUCCAUGUCGAGGCCCCGGCGCUCAAGCAAUUGACCAUGCACCUCCGCACCGGCAGUGACCUCAGCGUCUCCGUCUCGGCACCACUGCUGGAGAAGGUCUCUUGGCGGUGCAUGUAUUCUGGAGCUUUUAUCGGGCUUGGCAUUUGGGGGCUCUUGGCAGCAAGAUUGGAGACAGAAAAGAGCAAUGGGCAGCUGGGAGAUGACGCCCCUCGCGUUCAGGUCCUCUGGCUACACAUGUUUGCCAGAUGUCCACGCAGCUAUCCAGACACAGAGACCGGUUUUGCCACGGAGAUAGAGAAACAUAUGAUUACGGACUUCUCUGGCUUAGAGGUACACCUCAUGACACCAGAACAUAAGUUUGGAUACAAGUUUUACAGAGAGGAGGGCAGCGGCUGCCGACUCCGAUCCAUCUAUGGUGGCUGGGACUCCGAUCCAGCUGGUGUAGAGAGCGAUGGCGCAACAGACAUGGCCGCGGAGAAGUCCUUGAUGAAAGGCAGAUGUACACCCCUAGUGAGUUGUUCUUGUGAUGAGCCAAAGGACUGGACAACCCAGACUAUCUCCUUGACCAAUCUUGAAAAGGUGGAGAUCAAAGGAUUUGAAGGGCAGGAUCAUGAGUUCGAUUUCUUGAAAUUGAUAUUUAGAUGUGCGCCAGUGCUUAUAAAAGUAGGCCUGGAGCUGUCAGAGGGAUUCAUACCAAAUGAUGAUUGGUGUACAGAAAUACAAAACACCUUCAUGGCCUAUCCUUCUGUGGAAUACAGUGUUGAUCAUUGUCCUGGGUCUAUGCAGGGCAGCCCAAGUUGAGCUCCCAAAUGAUUAUGGUCUUCACACUGCUGUAUCGGUCCUUAAUCCAACUUGAAUGAAACCUCGGCGGCUUGGCGAGGAGGUGUUUCUACUGAAGAGAUGUAAGCGGCGAGGAGGGGUUUUUGCCGAGUUCCUGCACGUACUGAGACGUGAGACCGGAGCAGAGAACCUAGUCAUCGGCAAGGCGAGAAAACUGUCAUCAAAGGCAACCGAAAGGAAAAGGGACUGCCGUUAUGAGCGCUGUGUGACGGAUGUGACCGGCGCGAGCGAUGGUAUACUGUUUGGAGCUCAAAUUCGUAGUUGUUUGGUAGCAAAGAAGAUAACAAAAUGUGCUUGAAUAGUAAUGGUAAAUUCGUUGUC